GUGCUCGUCCGGCAGUUGUUUCGGUUGGCAUCCUAGCUGGCAGGAGAUGUGCCGGCCACCUGCGAGGAACCGGAGCGAAGGUUAGACAUUCGAAAGCAGUUUAAAGCUGGGGCCGAGGCUGUCGUGCAGUCAGAUCAUGGGCCCAAGCAAGCUCUGGGGAGAAUGGUUCCUCAACCAGCGGGUGUCCCCCGCCAGGGUAUUUGGUGUGGCCUUCCUUGUCCGAGUCGCCCUGGUUUUCUAUGGGGUGUUCCAGGACCGGACCCUGCUCGUGAGGUAUACAGACAUCGACUACCAGGUCUUCACGGACGCCGCGCGUUUCGUCACGGAAGGACGCUCCCCUUAUCUGAGGGCGACGUACCGUUACACUCCGCUGCUGGCUUGGCUCCUCACUCCCAACAUCUACCUCAGUGAACUCUUCGGAAAGUUUCUCUUCAUCAGCUUCGACCUCCUCACCGCUUUCCUCUUAUACCGCCUGCUGCUUCUUAAAGGGCUGGGACGCCGCCAGGCUUGCGGUUACUGUGUCUUUUGGCUUCUUAACCCCCUACCUAUGGCGGUGUCCAGCCGAGGGAAUGCGGACUCGAUCGUCGCCUCCCUGGUGCUUAUGGCCUUGUACCUAAUAGAAAAAAGACUCGUCGCGUGUGCUGCUGUAUUCUAUGGUUUCGCAGUGCAUUUGAAGAUGUAUCCGGUGACCUGUAUCCUUCCCAUAGCUCUCCACUUGCUUCCGGAACGCAACAAUGACGAAAGCCUCCGUCAAUCCUGGUAUUCUUCACAGGCGCGUUUGUACGAAUUCCUAAAGAGGUUGUGCAGCCGGGCUGUGCUGCUCUUCGUAGCAGUCGCUGGACUCACGUUUUUUGCCCUGAGCUUCGGUUUUUACUACAAAUAUGGUUGGGAGUUCUUGGAGCACACCUACCUUUAUCACCUGACCAGGCGGGAUAUCCGUCACAACUUCUCUCCGUACUUCUACAUGCUUUAUUUGACUGCAGAGAGCAAGUGGAGUUUUUCCCUGGGAAUCACUGCAUUCCUACCACAGCUCAUCUUGCUUUCAGCCGUGUCUUUUGCUUAUUACAGAGACCUCGUCUUUUGUUGUUUUCUUCAUACUUCCAUUUUUGUGACUUUUAACAAAGUCUGCACCUCCCAGUACUUUCUUUGGUACCUCUGCCUCCUGCCCCUCGUGAUGCCACUAGUGAAAAUGCCUUGGAAGAGGGCUGUGGUUCUCCUGCUGUUAUGGUUCAUAGGGCAGGCCUUAUGGCUGGCUCCUGCUUAUGUUCUUGAGUUUCAGGGAAAGAACACCUUUGUAUUUAUCUGGUUAGCUAGUUUGCUAUUCCUCCUUAUCAACUGUUCCAUCAUAAUUCAAAUUAUUUCCCAUUACAAGGAGGAACCCCUGACAGAGAGAACCAAAUAUGACUGAUACACACUGGUUCUUUUGCAACCUCCAUCUAUUACACUCUGAUUGUUCUGAAUGGACCAGAGAGAGCUUUGGGGGAAAAAAAAUUGAACAUCCUAAGUACUCCAGUGAAAGUUCAGUUUUGGAGCAUAAAACCCUAUUCCAACAAAUUUAAAUGAAUGUUUGCCUUAUAUAUAAAAGGGACUCAAUAAUUGAGGUCCACCCUUUAGGAAAUCUGAGGACUCACUUAUCUGGGAUGUGAUAGGAAAUGAAGGUUACUUGUUUGAAAAUGGAAAGCCUGAGGAAACUAGCAGAUGCUAAAAGGCUUUUGUAGAAAAACAGAGGAAUAUACUCAAGAGAGAAAGUCUAAGCCAGUAUUUGCUCCAGUUAUACUAUGGUACUGCCCAACACUGUCGUAUCUUUUAACCCCCACUUUUUCUUUCUAAAGCUUUCCUGAUAACUGUGAAAACUCAUAAAAUAUUCCUAAAGUACAACUUUUAGAUAUAAAGUGUUAAAUAAUAAAACUGUGCUUAGGUUAGGAAAGUUAAUUCUGUUUUAAAAGUAGGGGCUUAGAAGAUAAAUAAUUCAAAGAAUUUAAAUUGUAGUCAUAUUCCAUGUAUUUGUUUUAUAACUUAGGUUUUCAGCACUUAACCUCAGUGGUGUUAGGCUACUAUUUGGUUUUAUUCAAAAAUUAAAUUUAAAUUCAUCCAUCUUUAAACCCUUUAACAUAUUUAAAAAUAGCAUCUUGCUUUUGAUGUCUGAGAUCACAGAUUAUUAGGACAUUUUAGUACUCUCAUACCCCUUUGUUUUUAAUUUUCUGAUUGCUAAAAAUUUUUUUGUCUAGAGUUUAAGUGUUAUCAGUGUUGUAAAAAUGAAUAUUAGUAGAUUUUAGGUGAUAAAAAAUUAAAUAGUUACCUAAGGCAUUUCCCAGCCUAAAAAUACCCUACUUAUGAAAAUUCCACGAUGGAAAUGGAGGCCUGCAUGGGAAGCUCCUUGAAAGCAUAAGAGGCAUCCUACUAGCCAUUAGUCUUUCAGGCCUGGAAGUUAGGGAGAGCUUGUGGGAAUGAGGCUUUGGUGGACAGAUCCAUUUACCUUAUUACUAAAGUAUUUCUAGGAAAAAAUGCUUUCUGAGUUUCAAACAAGCAACCUAAAAAAAAAAUUUUUUUUAAACAUAGCCCAUCUAGAUUGGGGACUCCCUAACACUCAAAUGCAGUAGCAAUAGAUGAGUUUGAUUUUAUGAUUUUGACUUUAAAAGGUAAGUAAUUUAACAACAAUGUUCUUUCAUAGUAAAAAAAAAAAAUGCUCCAGAGAAGUAGUAUAUUUCAUGCUCAUUCAGGCCUGAAAAAGCCUCUGAGAGUAAGAUGUCUGUAGGCUGAUCCUAAUUAAGAAUGCUGUUACUGGCAGCACUUCUUAGAUGAAUACCUUUUAGGACCUGCCUUUAGAAAGAAGCGAAGAAUGGGUGGCUUUGUGUGGGUUGCUACUUGGGUGAAAAUAACAGAAACAAUUGUUGAGGACAGUGACCUUUCUUAUAACAUCUAGCCUCAUAUCACACAUUAGGUAUAAGCUAUUUUGAGGGCACUUUGUAUAUGACUGUUCACUGGUGGCCUUCCAGCCAUGGCAUUCUUACCCUUUUUUUUUUUUCAUUCUUUAAUAAUAAUAAUUAAAAAUCUUUUUCUGGUAGAACUGAUGGGGAAGGGGGUGGGAAACAAAUAGAAUUCCAACACCCCAAUAUAAUUGUCUUUUUUGUAUUCCUGACUAAUUUUUUAAUAGUCAUAAAUGUAUUUACUUAUUCAUUUCCCUUUUUUUUAACUUUAACAUUCUUUGUUGUGCUUUAAUCUUCCUACUUACAUUGAAAUUGCUGAAUGAUAUUCCGUGACAUGGAUGUUCACAUUAGAAAUGAGUCAUUCUUCCACUUUUAGACCUUUAAGAUUGCUUCUAGCUUCUAAUAUUCUAAAUAAGACUAAACACUUUCCAUGUUUUAGAUUAUUCCUUUAACGUUCUUAGAAAUCAGUGGGAUUCUCUUGGGAUCUUUAGAGGGAACCUGCCUUGCAAGAAAUUCUCUAUCAAAGGACUGAAAGGUGUUUUUUAAAAGAUGCAGAGUAUUUUGCCUCAUAUGCUGCAAUACAUUUAGUAAAUUAACUGAUGAAA